CGACUACUCGCCACUCUGGACUAAAUCUGAGGAUGUUUGUAAGAAAACAACCUGAAAAUCAGAAGGGCAGUGUUAUGAAAUGUUCAUCAUGAUCACAUUUGGGCUUACAGACCACCUACAGUACAACCAUAAUGCAGCAUCCACACGAUAUCAAUCUCGGCUACCAGGCUAAGCUGCUUAUGAAAGGACCUUCAGAGAACUGUACAACCAAACCCCCUCUCCUUGUCCCUCCACAUCCCCUGGAAGAUAAACUGUUCCUCUUUCCAGCUCUAUCUGUGUCCUACCCUUAAUCCCACCUUGGACUUGAAUGAAAACUCAGGGAAGUGUUACGGACAAUGGCAGUCUUAAGAGUUAAGUUUACCAAGACCAAAAGAGACAAGCUGGCCCAGGUGCUCUGGAUCCUAAACUGGAUCUCGGUAGUUACGGGGGCCAUCCUGUUCAGCCUAGGCCUCUUCCUCAAGGUGGAGCUCCAUAAACAAGGAGAGGUGAUGGCUGAGAGGGACAUCCAGUAUGUUCCCAACAUGCUUAUAGCUGUGGGUCUCAUCGCUUGUGCCAUAAACUUCCUGGGUGGGAAAAUCUGCUACGACUGUGUGGACACCACCAAGUUUUUGCGCUGGAAGCUGAUCAUGCUGCCCUACAUCAUAUGCACCUUCUUCUUCACCUUUUGUGUGCUGGUAGGGGCUCUGAUGUGUUACUGCAUGCACUGGGAACUGGAAGAGUCUUUGAACCUGGGACUGACAGAGGCCAUGAGGUUUUAUAAGGACACAGACACACCAGGACGCUGCUUCCUAAAGCGCACCGUGGACAUGCUGCAGAUGCAGUUUCAGUGCUGUGGAAACAACGGUUAUAAGGACUGGUUUCAAAUUCAGUGGAUAAGCAACCGUUACCUGGACAUGUCCCAAAAAGAGGUGGUGGACCGAAUCAGGAGUAAUGUGAAUGGAAAGUACCUACUGGAUGGAGUCCCAUUCAGCUGCUGCAACAUCAACUCGCCCCGGCCCUGCAUCCAGCAGCAGAUCACCAACGACUCUGCACACUUCAACUACGAGCACCAGACGGAGGAGCUGAACCUUUGGAUGAAAGGGUGUCGACAGGCGCUGCUGGAGUACUACACACACAUUAUGCAGUCCAUCGGCCUCACAGUCCUCAUCACCUGGUUAUUUGAGCUUUCAGUGUUGACCGGGGUUCGUUACCUCCAGACCUCUCUGGAAAAUGUCCUGAGACAGGGAGACCCCAACUCUGAAUCUGAUGGCUAUCUGCUGGAAAACAGCUUCAUGGAAACUGCCCGCAUGAACCUGAAUAUCAUCAAGAGCCUUGGCAAGGGUAACCAGAUAGACACAGCCACUAAUGGAGACCCCAACAUUAACGUCCCCUCCACCUCAAAAGCACACUAUGGUCCUGACAAUGUUCCACCAAAGCAAAUAACUGAAGACAGUUGA